GAACUCCCCGAGUCCAUCACAUCCAGUUCCUACCGAGGUUGCCGUGCCCGCCGACGCAGUUGGGGCGAGAGGGAGAUGGAUCACCACCACCCGCAGCAGUACGGCGACCCCUACCGCGGGCUGGUGCCAUCCCCGCAGCCUGACCACCACCUCCACGCUCUUCAAUACCACCACCAGCAGCAGCAGCCGGCGAUGAUGUCUCCACCGCAGGCGCAGCCGGGGCUGAUGUCUCCGCCACAGCCGCAGCAGCAUCACCAUGCCUCGCUCGCCUCCCACUUCCACCUCCUCCAUUUGGUCACAAGAUUAUCUGAUGCGAUUGGUUCAGGAACAAGGGAUCAAAAUUUUGAUGCACUGGUUGAAGAGUUGACCAGCCAAUUUGCCAGGUGCCAACAAUUGUUGAACUCCAUAUCAGGAACAAUAAGUUCAAAGUCUACUACGGUCGAGGGACAAAGGCAAAGUUUGGAUGAAACACGGCAGCUGCUUGAUCAAAGAAAGGAGUUGAUUACAAAGUACAGAAGCUCUGUUGAAGACCUUCUCAAGGGGGAUACAAGAUGAAAAGAAAACCAUCAUAAUGUUUAAUAUUUAGCGAUCACUGUCACCAGUAGUUGAAAUCUCUUUGUAUUUGAAUUGAAUGGUAUGGGCUAACCGAACUGGAAGAUGGUCUGGAGUUGGGGCCUGGCUUUGCGAUGUGGGAAUUGAAGCGCUGCGCUCCGAAUGUCGAAGUGCAAUGUAUACUGGAAGAGUCUCAACUUGAAAGCACUUUGUACAUGUCAAAGUCAUGUUUGUGCAAGACAAAGUAUUGCUUUCAACAGCUCUGGUCUUGUAUGCUAAGGAUGAUGUGGUUUAAGAUAUCGACAGUAAAUGGGUUUGACACAAGUUUCCGCGA